AUCGCGGGCGGGUUGGCUGGUGUGGAAAUUCGCUCGUGAAACUUUCAUUUUGUGGUGUUUCCGACUUUGCGAGGCUCUAAAGACGCAGAGAGAUUCUUAGCUGACACCUUCCCGUGGCGAAAACCUCACCGAAAGAGCCGGCGGGCCCCAGCACCGAGAAAUGAGAGAGAGAAACACGUCACAACCACGGGGCCGCGCCCCAUCACUUGUCCUCGUGCUGUGUGGAGUGCUGCUAGCAUCACCACCAGUCACUGCCAAGUACAUAUUCACCGAGGAACCGCUGGCCCGUUUCUCUCCCGCCAUUGGCGACCAAGACCUCUUUGGCUACGCUGCAGCUCUUCAUCUAGUGGACGAUACAGGAGCUUCGUCUGAUUUCCAGCAUGCCAUUCAGAAUACCAAAAUAAUAGUGGGAGCCCCCAACGGGACAUUUCCAGGAGGGCUGACGUUCACAGGAGUGAACGACGCUGAGUCUCUCAACCACACUGGCCUGGUAUAUGUGUGUCCCAUCAGUCCACCAGGCGACUGUGAGGCACUCACAGGAAGUGGGGCCGGCGUCGAUAUACGACUGUUUGACUACGAAGGAAAUGAAGUAGACCGACGCGAAAACCUUCUGGCUGAAUCGAAAGAGGGUCAAUUCCUAGGGUCUACUAUUGUUAGCUCUGGUAAUCGCCUCAUGGUGUGUGCUCCUCGGUGGAUAAGUCUAGAAACGAGAGGGGCGGUGGAUUUCGACCGGACUCGAGGUCACGGGCGAUGCUUUGUCGCGGCGGCGGCGGAAAGAAAUAUGAGUGAUUUUUUCAUCACUCGGCCUUGUGACGGAGGCACACCCUCAUCUGAAGGUGGGAACUCCUACUGCAUGGCCGGGACAUCAGCCGCGCUCCACGAGACAUCCGACACCACAUUCUCAGCUUUCCUCGGAGGUCCACCUUUUUCAUCCAGCAACGGUAUGUGCACAAGCAGUUGA